UAUAACAAAAUUCGACGGUAUAUAUUCUCGCAGAAGGAAAAGGGCUGGAUGUCAUAACACAGCACGUGGACCCCACAAUGAUCACACCCAGUAGCCAAGCGCAAUAAUUGUUAUAUCACUGAGAUUUUUGGAGCAUACCCUAUCCACGAUGAUAGGAAACAGAUGAACGGUCUGGAUUACUGAACCAUCAGUCCCACCAGCCACGACAUAAAAUCAAAGUAUCCCGCGUUAAAACCAUAACGUGUGUUUGUGGUUGGCGACUUGACGUUGAGAAUCGUCAACCCGCGCGCGGCUGUUCUUAACGACUGUCUUUCAACGGUAAAUUGCUGACAAUAUCAACAGCACGGCGAGGACGGGAUUUUGAAUUUUUUACUUGGAAUCUCGGGCAAGAAUUUUUGGCCAAGAAAUUUAGACAGCGGGACCCACAUAAUGGAUGGUUUGGAUCUUGCAUCUCUGCCACUCUUGCACAUGUAAUGGCAUGUAGAUGUUCUGCUUCCCACAGGCGUGUUAGCCUAGCAAAUCUCUCUAUAAAAGAAAUAUGAGUGGAAGCAAUGCCAUAACAAACUAGAAAUCUCUUUACAAGAAUGAGAAAAUCUCAUUCCUCUUCAAUCUUUCUUCUUCUUCUCAACCUUCUCAUCUCAUUCCACUCUCCUUAUGCAUCUCAAACACCCCAAUAUAGCUCUUUAAAGAAAGGAUCCUCACUCUCAGUAGAAGAUGAAUCAGACCUCCUAAUCUCCCCAGACAAAUCAUUCACUUGUGGAUUCUAUAAGGUCGGCACAAAUGCCUAUUCUUUCUCAAUCUGGUUUUCCAAUUCGGCGAACAAAACCGUUGUGUGGACGGCCAACCGGGCCCGCCCGGUUAACGGCCACAGAUCGAGGUUCUCAUUGCAGAGAGAUGGCAUCAUGGUCUUGACGGAUCUCGACGGUUCGACUGUUUGGAAUGCCGAUACUAGCUCCACCAAUGCUGACAGAGCUGAUCUUUUGAAUGAUGGAAACCUCGUGCUAAAAGACUCAGAUGGGAAGAUUUUAUGGCAGAGCUUUGAUUCUCCUACCGACACUCUUUUGCCUUCACAAGCACUUGUCACAGGCAAGAGACUCAUCUCUGCAAGAGCGCAAGGAGAGAUUUCUUCCAGUUAUUUCAAUCUCUUGUUCGACAGUGAAAACAUACUGAGAUUAGUGUAUGAAGGGCCCGAGAUUACUGGAGAAUAUUGGCCUUCACCUGAUUUGGACCGGUCCAGCGAUGGUAGAUCAAACUUCAACAGUAGUAGAUUGGCUGCUCUUGAUGAAAUGGGCAGGUUUUCGUCAAGCGAUGGGCUGAAAAUCAGCGCUUCUAAUCUUGGUGUUGGGAUCAGAAGGAGAAUGACGUUGGAUUAUGAUGGUAAUCUCAGACUCUAUAGCUUGAAUGAGUCGACUGGGUUGUGGCUGAUUUCGUGGGUGGCUCUUCCCCAGCAGUGUGAAGUACAUGGCUUGUGUGGUAGAUAUGGGGUUUGUAUCUACUCUCCAAAGCCAAAAUGCACAUGCCCACCGGGCUAUGAAAUGAGUGAAACGGGAGAUUGGAAUAAAGGUUGCAAGCCCAAAUUCAGCAAAAUCUGCAAUGCCCAACAGGUGAAAUUUGUCGAGCUUCCACAAACAGACUUCUACGGGUUCGAUUUUAAUUUCAGUGAAAGGAUAUCGUUCAAAUCUUGCAUGAAGAUUUGCUUAGACGAUUGCCUUUGUGAGGCUUUCCAGUAUAGAUUAGAUGGCAAGGGACGCUGCUGGGCCAAAAAAUCACUUUUCAAUGGGCACACUUCUCCGAAUCUCCCCGGUGCCAUAUAUCUAAAACUACCAAAAAGUCUAGAAACUGAAAAUUUGCCGCUAUUCAGAGGAUCGGAGCUCGUUUGCGGUUCGAAUGAAGCUGAAGUUGUCAUGGGAUCCUCUGAAGAUCUCCAUCUCCUCUGGUUUGCUGUGUCUGUAGGUGGGAUUGAGAUUAUCUUUAUUGCAACAGGUUGGUGGUAUAUUUUCAAGGAGAAUGGGAUGCAGACGCAGGUCGAGGAAGGCUACCGAGUGAUUUCAAAUCAAUUCAGGAGAUUUACAUAUGCAGAAUUGAAGAAGGCGACUGACCAAUUCAAGGAAGAGCUCGGCAAAGGUGGCUCUGGGUCUGUUUAUAAAGGAGUUUUGGAUGAUAGAAAGGCAGUGGCAGUGAAGAAAUUGCGAGAUGUAUUUCAAUGCGAAGAGGAGUUUUGGGCUGAGGUGAGCAUGAUCGGACGAAUCAACCACAUGAAUCUGGUGAGAAUGUGGGGAUACUGUUUGGAUAAUGCACAUAGGCUCCUGGUCUCUGAGUAUGUGGAGAAGGGAUCACUGGAUAAGUACUUGUCCUCUGAUGGAAGAAGUGUUGGGCUUGCUAGAUUACUCAGAUGGAAUGAGCGGUUCAAGAUUGCGGUAGGGACCGCGAAGGGUCUGGCCUAUCUUCACCACCAGUGUCUUGAGUGGGUUAUCCACUGUGAUGUGAAGCCUGAAAACAUACUAUUGGGUAGCGAUUUCGAGCCCAAGAUUGCAGAUUUUGGAUUGGCGAAGCUGUCUCAAAGAGGCAGGCAGGGUUCUAACUUCUCUCAGGUCCGAGGAACGAAGGGCUACAUGGCACCUGAGUGGACUUUGAAUCUUCCCAUCACAGGGAAGGUUGAUGUUUAUAGCUAUGGGGUUGUGCUUCUAGAGAUUGUGAAAGGGAGUCGGUUUUCGAAUAGGGUGACAGAUGUAGAAGAAGAGGUGGGACUGAAGAGCUAUGCUCGGAUGGCGAAGGAGAAGAUGGAGUGUGGAGAAGAAUCAUGGGUUGGGGAUUUGGUGGAUUCUAGAUUGGAUGGGGAGUUCGAUUGGAAGCAAGCGGCGGUGAUAGUGGAGAUAGGGCUUUCGUGUGUGGAGGAAGAGCGAAGCAAAAGGCCCACCAUGGAUAUGAUUGUUCAAGCUCUCCUUGAAUGUGAAGAUGAAGAGGCGAGCACGGCUGGCUCGUUUCCUCAUACUAUGGAAAAUUUCUGUUCUGCAAGAACUGUAUUUGAUUCUUAUGUUUCUGUGUAAUCCAAACAUCGUUUCUUUGAGGAUCGUUCACGUAAUAUUCAUAAACAAAUACUUAUGUAGAAGAUAAUCUGCAUUUGUUAUUGGAAAUGCUGUAUUUCCGCUUUGGAGAAUAGAAAUUUACAGACGUGUCUCAUACGUAAU